AUGGCUGCAUUUUCUCGCUGUUGCAACGUGGUGCUGCUGGGCACGAGGGUGGCGCUGGCGCUGCCAGACUGCCGCAGCCAGAGGACAGAGAGCCAGGUCCUGGCCCUGGACACCCACAUGAACCUGAUCGUCAAGGUCGACGAGCUGCCUGACAGUGUGACCCACCUGGUGGUGGGCACCACGGUGCCGGUGGUGUACCCCCACCUGCUGGGGGGCGACGCGGUGCUGUCCUGCCUGGCAAAACUCAACAAGGUGCCCUUCUUCCACCGCCUGUUCAAGAGCACCGGGGUCCACAAGGCGGUGUUCAACGAGGUCGAGGAGCCGGAGCUGCUGGACGACCUCAAGUGA